UCCCCCAGGCGGGAUCCUCGUGUUGAUCUUGAUUGAUUAUUUUGGAGAAGUAUCCCAUUUGUCGUGACAUCAUGGCCUCACCAGAACAGCGACAGCAGCAUCGGCAAGAUCCAACACAAUACGAGCCAUUGCUGGGACAGACAGGAGAUGUUGGCCAUCUUAAAGAAGACGGAAUCUAUCGGAAUCUAUUUACUGGAACGGCAGCUAUUGCUCAGGCUGGAGUGCUGAUUCUUGUCGCUCUCGUUUGGUCCGGCAUCCUCUCAAAUCAAUUGAUUUUCUUCUCUCCUCACCCUCUCCUGAAUUCCUCCGCCCUCCUCCUCCAGGUCCAAGCUGCGCUCAUCCUCCAACCAACCACCACCUCAACACCAAGAACCAAGCUCCUUGGAACCAAGGUCCACUACGUCCUCCAGUCAAUCAGCAUCCUCGCUUUCCUCUCCGGCCUGAUCAUCAUCGAGAUCAACAAAGGUGAUCACCCUCGCUUCACCUCCUUCCACGGUGUGGUCGGUCUGAUCACCUACAUCAGCAUCGUUCUACAAGCCCUCGUAGGAGUGAUUCAGUACUUCUUCCCGGCCCAGAUCCUCGGCAGUGUGGGGAGAGGGAAGCAGAUCUACAAAUACCACCGCUUGUCGGGUUAUGCGUUGCUGGUGUUGGAGCUGGUUGCUGUUUUGGCUGCUACGCAGACGACGUAUAAUGUUAAUAUUUUGAAGAUUCCGUUCUACCCUGUUGCUGGGGCUGGUUUGUUGCUUCUUGUUGGGGUGGGGAGUAGGGUGCAGAGACAGAAAUUGGGUCUCUAGGUGUGCGGACUCGAUAUUUCGAGACUGCAAUGAUGGAGAUAGUACACAGUGGCUCGGGUAACGAGAGUCGGUAUCUAGUGUAUAGCUGACUUCUGCCUAGCUAGAAUAGCUGCUGUGGACUGAUUUGGGAUCGUCAGGAUUAGCAUUCUAAUACCAACG